AUGAAGAAUGACAAGUUAUCCAAUUUUUUUGAGUUGAGUUACAAAUAUAAAACAUUCCAUCAGACUUAUAAAAUAAUAGCAUUUCUAAUGGCGGUCGGGCUUGUGUAUCCAAACCCUAGCCUGUAUAAGUUCCGUAUAAUUUGUAUCGGUGGAGCUAUAAUAUCGGUGCUACCAAUCACCGGUAUAAUACUGUACGAUAUGUACAGAUAUCUGUUGGACCACGACUAUGUGAAUAUUAUAAGGCACUGCACCGUGGUCGGGCCCUUUCUGGGUGGGUUUUUAAAGAUGAUGAUAAUGCACGUGAAGCAACGACCAGCCAGGAUGAUUAUCAACGAAAUAGACGAGGACUACGCAUCAUUCAACAACAUGCCUGAGCCGUACCAGCGAAUCAUCGACUCCAGCAUCAGAAACAACCUCGUGUACAGCGAGAAAGCUUGGGUCAUCACCGUCUUCUCUUGCGUCAUGAUCUUUCCAUUUAUGGCUAUCGCUUUAAACUUCUACAACUUUGUAUUUAAAUCUGAACCGACCAAAUACAUGGCGCACGAAGUACGAAAGCCCUACGGCGAACCAGAAGACCGUUUCAAUUCGCCGUAUUUCGAGAUCAUCUUCAUAUACAUGCUGUAUUGUUCUAUUUUCUAUUUCAUAAACUUUUCUGGCUAUGAUGGAUUCUUUGGAAUAUGUAUUAAUCACGCGUGUCUGAAGAUGCAGCUGUAUUGUAAAGCUUUUGAGGAUGCGUUGGCGUGUUCUAAUAUUGAUGAAAUGCGGAAGAGAAUUGUGAGUGUCAUUCAGGAUCAAAAUAGACUAUUUAGGUAUGUGGAGCUGAUUCAAGAAACCUUCAAUAUUUGGCUCGGACUUAUACUGAUCGCAACCAUGAUUCAAAUUUGUAACUGCAUGUACCACAUCACUGAGGGUUACGAGUUAGAUUUUCGUUACAUCAUAUUUAUAAUCGGUACUGUCGCACACAUAUACCUGCCGUGCCGAUAUUCAUCUAAAUUGCAGAACAUGUCGGUCGAAACAUCGACCCUCUUUUACUGUUCCGGCUGGGAGCAUGUCACCGUCCCCUCUAUACGGAAGAUGGUCAUCUUCAUGAUAGCCAGGGCACAGAUACCGUUACAAAUCACAGCAUUCAACAUACUCAUCUUUGACAUGGAUCUGUUUGUUUCGAUUAUGCAAACGUCAUACUCGAUGUAUACCCUACUACGGUCGUAA